GUGCUCCUGCGUGUGUUGCCUUCUUGGCGUCGAUUUUACGCAACUUGGAUCGCCAUGUGGCCUUAGUCAUCAGGCACCAACUGCCAACUGUCUCACGACGAACCUGAGCUGUCCUCACCGCACAGCAGCGCCAUCAUCGCCAUCCCUGUCAACGAGCAAGCUCUCCCAACUUUCGACCCCUCCUCCCCCCAUCGUCCGCCGGGCUCAGUCAAUUUCGAAACCGUCACCACUCCCAACGGAUAGUCCGCCAUCAUGGCCAACUACUACGCCCAACACCCUCCGCAGGGCGGCUACGCACCGCAAGGCGCCCAAAACCUCCAAUUCUACCCAUCAUCCUACGGCGCACCAGGCGCAUCCCCAGCACCACCAGGCGGCCCACAGGCAGGCGGCUAUGGUUUCGGUCAGUCGACAACGCCCUCUGGCUUCUCCAAUCCAGGCUUCGGCGCUGGUCCCGGUGUGAGCGGACGGAUGGGCGAGCAGGGUGGCCUACGGACAGGAUGGCUCGCCGCAUUCUCGACAGAGGGCUAUGAUCAGGAGCCACCGUUGCUGGAAGAGCUCGGCGUCAACUUUGGACACAUCCAGGCCAAGACCCUCGCCGUGCUGAACCCGUUCCGCCCGAUAAACCAACACAUCAUGGACGACUCCGACCUCGCCGGCCCCCUUCUCUUCUUUCUCCUCUUUGGCACCUUCCUGCUGUUCUCGGGCCAGGUCCAUUUCGGCUACAUCUACGGCCUCGCCGUCCUCGGCUCGUGCACCCUCCACAUCAUCCUCUCGCUCAUGUCGCCGACCGACGCCCAAGCCGCGCAAGAACACCAGGGUCCGUACCAGAACCACUACCCGGACCAGCAGCAAGGCGGCGGCGUCAGCGGCGGCCACUUCUCGGCGACACUGACGUUUCCUCGGUCGGCGAGCGUGCUGGGGUACUGCCUGCUGCCGCUGGUCGCCACCAGCCUGGUCGGCAUCGUCGUGCCCAUGAACACGCCGUUUGGCCACGUUCUCACGUCAGCCGCCAUCUUGUGGUGUACCUAUAGCGCGAGCGGGAUGUUCUGCGCCGUCGGCCGGAUGAGAGGCAUGCGGGCCCUGGUCGCCUACCCCCUGGCCUUAUUCUACGUUGGGUUUGGUUUGAUGGGCAUUUUUAGCAGCAGGGCGGUGGCUAUCUGGAACCCCUUUGGCAGCGGGAGCGCAGACUCGGGUCAGGCCGACAUGGUACACUAAGUUAGAAGAUGGGACAUCAAGGACAUUCACUACGCGUGCACCAGUGGAAGGGGGGAAACAAAGAUACCAUUGCACCACUUGCAUCCACACUUGCUUCAUUGGUCUACUCUGUUCGUGUCUAAUAUGUCCCCGUUUUGGCCUCUCAUCAGGCGUACGUAUAAUCGUAGUAUUACAGCAUGCAUGGCUCUCUUGUGCAGUAACGUCAAGGAAAACAAACAACAAGCCGACCAUUGCCUCCCAGACCGAGUCAACGCCAAAAGUUUUCAAACAAAUCGCUCUAUACCGAUAGAGUCGCGGAUGUA